AAUUUUCGUUCAGCUGUUGAUCUUUUGGUUCAAAUAAUUAAUUACCAAUUUAUACAUUUAUUUUACGUAUUUUAUGCCUUUUGUUACCUUAAUAUUCAAAAGUAAUUUAAUUAAUCAAGCCUCGUAUUUUAUGAAAAUUGUAAAAGCCUUCAAUGGAGUCUAAAUUUUUAAAGGCAAGUUCAAAUCUACUGAAAUCUUUGGUCCGGUCAAAAUUGGAAGCUACUGUAUUUUUGGUCAAAGCCUAAAAAAUGGACAACUUGGAAUCAAAGAAAUGAAAAAUUGUCAUCUUCCAACAAUUGAAACAACUCGUAUAAGAAUAAAAAAGGAUACAAUGAUUAAGCUUUUGGUUAAUGAUUAAGAUAUAUUUAUAAGGAAGGAAAGGACUGAUGAUUGGAAGGAGACAUUCAAACAAAAAAAAAAGCGAAUCGACAUGAAAACCAAUGGAUCGUGAAAAGAAAUUUGUUACCGAUUACGGUUAGCGAGAAAAGUGAGGCCUGUGCAGUUAAUUAAACGGCAAUUAAAUUUGGAUAUGAUGACAAAUUAAGUGGUCGAUGAUGCAUACCAAGAAUAGCUAAUUUAAAAUACUCAUCAAUGAUUGUGAUCAAGCAGCUGAAGCGAAAGCUUGUAAAGCAAAAAGGAGGCAAAAAAGACACGAAAUGAAUUGAAAGUGGAAGAAGGUUCAACCAAAAGGAUUCAAAUGAAGAGUCUCAUCCAGUCUGAUUAAGAUUUUUGUUGAGUGAAACGAUGAGCGGGUUAAGAAAAAAUUAACGAUCGCAAUAUGCCAAACAGACGAGUAGAAAUAGUUUCAAAGUGGAUUUGAUGAUUUCUUGUUUUCAAUUGACAAUCACCUGUUAAUGCUAAUGUAACUAACGGAGUGUAAUCUAAGACUGAUAUAUACUCUAGUUUGGCCGUUAUUCAUAGAGACUUUAAUGGAAACUGUUUGUGUGGAUUGCCUGUUUCACAGUUUUUACGUGUUUUGAUUCAAGUGUCCAAGUUUGCAAAUUUUCAUAAUCAUCGACAACAUAAUCACUGUUACCAAUGAAAUGGUUUACAAGGAAAACCUUUUGCCCAAUCAUCAUAGCUUUCCUUAUUCCAAUCGUUGCUGGUAAAAUUUUAACCUCAAAUCAUGGAAAAUUAUCAACAGAAGCUUUCUUUUUGAAGUCAGACGAUGUGCCCUCAAUGGUUAAGGAGUCAGCAGUGUCUGAUGAAUUUAAAUUACCAGUUACAGCAACAAUUGAGGAAAACAGUGAUAAAGAGGAAACAUCGCCCAGUCAAUUAAUGCCCUUCUUCUAUGUCGGUGACACUGAUCAACCAGAAUCAGAAAAAUCAUCUGUAAGCAAUAUAGUUCCUGCAAUUAGGCAGAAAAGGAUUGGAUCUGACAGAGAGAAGAAAAUUGUUUCAAAAUCAACUUCAAGACAAUUUCAAUCACCUUUAGCUGUAAAAGCUUUACAAAAAUCUAAGUUAGUUUCCAACAUUCCGGUUCUUGUUCCAAAUUCAGUUACUUCAAAUAUUGAAACUCGCCGAGUUUUCAACGAUAAUGAAGCUCCUUUUGUAUCCAACAUUGAUUCACCUAAACCUGCAUCCUUCAAACUUCUCUGGUACAUUCAACCAACUUCAUCACCUUCAUUCACCGACUCACCGUCUCCAUCAUCGUCUUCAUUAAUACAAUCUUUUCCCUUUACCUCUGCUAGAGCAUCAAGAUCAGCUUAUGAUCCAGAUUAUGUUCCGCUCUUCAAAUACAACUCAAUGGUUUCUAAACCUCCUCUACCUGCCCAGUCAAAAUCCUAUUACAACUCUAACUAUCAAAGUCCAGCAUCAUUUUACAACCAUUAUCAAUCAAUUUAUCAUCCAACAUCACUAAGUUAUCCAAGUUUUCCCCAAUUUUCAUCGAAUAGUGAUGACGAUGACGACGACGAUGAUGAUAGUAAAAGUGAAAAUACUAGAUCAUUUUACGCGGCUCCGUUCUCUCUACCAGUACCAACUAUUUCAACUUCCUCCUUCAGCCCAUCAGGACUUAAUCAUUAUUUUGGAAAACCUUAUGGCAGUCCAAUGAGACGUCAAUAUGGUGGGAAAUCAGCCAAAACCGCGGCUUUCAUUCAUGCCUCGAAAGAUAUCCUUCAAGAUCCAGAUAUUGAACAGCUUUUGACAUCAUUUGAUAUAGAGAGAGAUAUUGGCAAAGAUAAACAUUAUCGUCCUCGAAAAAGCUACGAUGAAAUGUCAAUGAAUGGCAAAUAUUCCGAUAAUUCUGGUUCAAGAUCUAAAUCGUUUGACUCGUUUUCUGAUCCCUUCAUGAGUUCACCAGAAUCAAAUACUGGCCGUUAUGGGGGUCGCUCUGAUUUUAAACCAUAUUUUGGUUACUAUAAAGGCUUUCAAAUUUCACCUUACAAGGCUAAAGGUUUUAACAAAUUACCAAAUGAGAGAUUCAAUAUGGACAAACAUCGUAAUAAUUUCAGCCGGAAUAUGAAACCUUUUUGAUCGUUCAAAUUCAUUUUCUUCAUAUUCAAAUUCCCAUUAAUCAUAAGUAACUCAGAUUGUAAAUAUAACAUGGUUAACAUAUAAAAACGAAUUUGUUUUUAAUAAUUUUUUUGUCUUUAUUGGACGGUUAUUGGAUAACUAUGACAUUUGCUAAAUGACAAGUUAAAAUUAGCCGAAAGGAUUUGGCAAAUUGCUGGAUUUAGUUAAUGAAAGCUUUAUAAAACCAGAUUGUAAUGAAAAGUCUCAAUAUUAUUUAUUUUAAUUAUAUCAGAAACCUUUUCUUCUAUUCAUGAACUUUUUCAGGUUCACUGAUACCUUUUGUAGGCUUUUAAAUAGUUAAUUGAUAAUUGUAACCAUUUUGAAACAAAAACCUCCAACAAAUGUAUUCUUUUGUUUAUUCUUAAUGAUAACAAUUAUUUUCCUGAAAUCAUAAAAAAGAGUAACAAUCAAGACGGCUUAAAUAAAAUUGUCACUUUUUGA